CUAGGUCCUAGAUCGCCCUUGGCUUCGUAUACCGAUCUCUUUUCCACGUCUCCUCUUACUUGCUUCGCCUCCCUCCGUAAUUGUUCUGGCUCAAAGCGUGCUGCUUCUGCCCAGACACACACACAUUUGCUGAUGCCCUUGCUGCAAGCCCCCUCGGUGUUAGCUAUUCGAUGGCAGUGGACCGCCAUUGGCCCCUCUUUUCAACAUACCCCGCUGCCACGCUGUUGAACAUGUUUCUUUACAGACGUGGAUAGCAUGCCCUCACGCGCCGUGUCUUCGAGAAGGUUUUCAGAGACUGCCAGGAGACAUGCCACAUUCAACGACACACAAUCUCGCUGCUGGCGAAUGAACUGCAACUCGUGUAUGCAUUGCCUGUUUACCGUCGUCUUGUUCGGGCUUGCCUUCUGUUUUGAUGCUGGACUCUCCGCGGGGGAAAGGUUGCAGCCACACUACAGCAUCAUCGGCUACAGUUCCGGUUGCACGACGCUCGCGUAUUAUACCGUUCAAGUUCCAUGACAGCAUCAUAUGUACUUCAUAGAGAAGAAGCACGCUGUCAUUUCCCCAUCGCUCAUGGUACACCAUGUCGUUGUUGUAAUCGCUGUGCUCCUGUACUUUGUGACGUUUACCUGCGCAUUCUACGGGGGCGUUGCGUUUCUUUGCAUGAGGCUACGAACUUAUUUUUCAACCCGUUCAUGAUGUUGACGCAGCUUGGGUACAAGACAACAUCAGGCGCGCAGCUAGUUGGGACUGGGCUGGUGAUUUCCUUUCUCCUCGUGUUACGUGUCGGCGUGUGCACGUGGCAAGCUGUGCAGUUCGCGAUCGAUAUUGCAUCGUGCGAUUGGGAAGAGCCUGCAGGCCAGAUGCCAGUGGUGGUAUCAUUCGCCAUCUUCCUCGGCAUGACCCUGCUCUCAUGGCUCUGGCUCAGGGACAUACUGAAUGGCCUGGCGCUUGCCGUGAAGGCCCUGGGGCUCGGAUCGCGCCAAGUUUCGCCAUUGCCCCCCGCGAAGCUGGCCCCGCCGUCGCGGCCCGCGCCGCCGCAGCCGGGGCCGGCGCCAGCCGCGGCAGCUGGCCUGCGCGAGCCCCGGGGGGCGGCGGAGCCUCGUGGAGGGCUGCCGGAUGCUGGAGGGGCGGCAGCUCCGGGGGAGUCCAUGCUUUAGGUCAGAGGAGCCUGGCAUCGCUCGGACGUGUGUACUUUUUCUCUGCGAGGGCCAUCGAGGAUCCUCGAUGCAUGGGCGAUGUAUCGCCGAUGUAUCGGCGAUGCGGCGCGGUCCUCCGACCUCAUCUGCUCCGACCCCAUCUAGGAGGGUCCCAGCGGAGGGCACCGCUCCACAGCGAAUGGCGGGCGCACUCACCGGUGCGGAGUGUGCAGGCUGCUGCUGCUCUUGAGGGGUUGGUAAGCACCCUCACCUCACUCACCCACCCCUGCCCUUGUCUGUUCGCAUACCGGUCACAGGCUCGAUCAGCCUUGCACGAGCUUCUGAGACUGCAUCGCCCCUUC